ACCUUCAAUGAAUUUGAGAUAGAACAACAUCAAGAAUGUGCUUACGACCACUUGGAAGUGUUUGAUGGUGAAAGUGAAAAAUCACCAAUUCUGGGACGCUUAUGCGGCAGUAAGAUACCAGAUCCUCUUAUUGCUACUGGCAACAAAAUGUUUCUUCGCUUUGUUUCUGAUGCAUCAGUUCAAAGAAAAGGCUUCCAAGCAACACACUCUACAGAGUGUGGUGGUCGGCUGAAAGCUGAAACCAAGCCCAAAGAUCUGUACUCUCAUGCUCAGUUCGGUGAUAACAACUAUCCGGUUCAGGCAGACUGCGACUGGCUCCUGGUGGCAGAGCGCAGCUAUCGGGUUGAGUUAAUGUUUCAGACUUUUGAAGUUGAAGAAGAGGCAGACUGUGGUUACGAUUAUGUGGAGCUCUUUGAUGGUCAUGAUAAGACAGGUGUGAGACUUGGUCGAUUUUGUGGCUCUGGGCCACCAGAAGAAAUUUAUUCAGCAGGGGAUGCUCUUUUACUUCACUUUCACACUGAUGAUACAAUCAACAAGAAAGGAUUUCAUAUACGAUACAGAAGUAUAAAAUACCCAGAUAGUGUGCGCACCAAAAAAUAACCCAAGAACCUCUAUACCAGGAAAGGAGAGUGAGAAAGAAAGAACGCACAGUGGAAAGGAAGGAAGGCCUGUCUUUUUUUUAAAACUGAAGUUAUUAGCACAAAUGUUU